ACACUUUGAAAAGAUGCCCUUUAGCUCGCAGUUUAUGCACGGACAGCGUAUUCAGGCUCCUGAAGGUUAUGAGUGGGACUGGUCGUUUAUAACCUCGAGAAUUACGCGAAAUCCCAUCGAUUACAUAAUUUUCUUGAUUUUUCUGGUACACAUUUUUGGUUUCUUCAUUCUGUUGGUCUGGCUGAGGAUCCAGCAGUCAAAGAAGCGAUUGUUCUUGGUUUCUGGUUGAAAAUGGAUCUCUGCUGGCUGGAGGGACAGAUUUUGGACUACGCCGACAUCACCAGGCUUCCGUCUACUCAUUACAAUUUGCUUAUACUUGGAGACGUGGACCUGAUUUUGGACUCAUUCAAGGCGGUCAACCCUUCCCUGGAGAACAUCGUAUAGUUGCCUCUUUGCAAAUGUGAUGCUAUAGAAGCCCAACGGACCGAUAAGCUACUCGUUUGUGGCUUUAGAUGAAUGCGUCAACGUCCAUUUAUGGGCUACCAGACACCCAGAACUUGCCAAGGUGAUUAUCGAUAAAUUUGCAGAGGACACACUUUACUGCAAGCUCUUUGUUUUAUCCUGCGAUUCUCUAUUCUCCAAGAAUGUGCUUGAAUCACUCAAUGGUUUGUCAUGUUGCAUCCAUAGAUGACCAUUUAGGACAGAAGGUAGAGUUUGCACUGGUAGAUUUGGUAUCGGAGGAGUUUCAAAAUGGACUAAAUGUGGGAUCGUUUAGAGCGACAGUAAAGGAUGGGCUCAUAGAAAACUUUUUCAUCUUAUACAAGACAAUUUAUGAGUUUUUC